AUGAAACUGUGUAUGGGAAAUGUGGUUGCAACUGGAUUCCAAAAAUCUAUAAAACCUGUUGCUUAUUUUUGCAUUUUCUAUUACAUAUGGGGUGGUAGGCCAAGAAGUAUAGUUUCUGAUGUCUACAGUGUCUAUUUAGAAGAUCCACCACUUGACAGUAUUAUCAAUUUGCUCAGCUCAGGUAUAUGGAUUGGCCUUUGGUUUUAUGCAAGUCUCUUUUUUAUAUCUGUCAAUGCAAUGAGGGCUGUAUUUAACAUAGUCUUAACAGAACCAAUGAAAUUCCCAAUCGAGUCUGAUAAAAACGUUAACCUUUGUGGUGCUCUAUCACAGAGGUCACAAUUCACUGGAUUUCUCGGCGCACAAGACUUAAAAAUACUGGCCAUGACUGAUCCGGCAAGACGCCUUCAAGUAUUUACACUAUCUCAACCGGGAGGUCACCCAAGAAACUGGAAUAACCUUUUGGAAAGCUGUCUAAUAGUAAUCAAAGAAUUUAACAAAGAACUUGAAAAUAUUAAUAGUGAUAACCAGAUCGUUGGUAUAAAGGAAGUCAGCUAUAGGAAGCCAUUAAUAGAUUCUCCUGCCUCACCUAUAGAAUUUUCAAGAACAAUACGUAAUAUGGCCCAAUCCCCACAGGCUUUAGAUAUUAAAAGCCUUGAUAAAGAUAAUACUGAAAAUGCAUUUGUUGUCACCAUAAAGCAGGAAUUUAAUAAUUUCCUCCAGAGAUUGUGCCAGAAGCCAGGAAUACAUUAUUUUUUUGGUGAACUUACUGAUACCAAAUUGAAAUUUAUUCUGUUACAAGCACAGCCUGUAAUGUGGACUUGUGAGGGAUUAGCUCAAAUAGUAGCUCUUUCUCUGAAUGAAGACAAGUAUGGAGUUGUGCAAAAUGAUUUACCUAUAGUAAUGGCUGCAUUGAUAAAUCUUAAGCAGAACCUGGAAAAGUUGUCAAAACCUGGACUGGUAUCAAGAAAACAAAUACUAAAUGAUGGUUUUGCGAUAAGAACUAAAGCCGCACUUUUGUCUGCAGUUAAAAGAAGCAUUUACAAAAUUGUUAUAACUUUUUCCAAGUAUAUUAAUGAAAUACCAUUUGAUAGUGACAUUGAAUUAGCUAUUCAGCCUUUCUUAGUGUGUAAAGAGGCAUAA